AUGGGAGGCUUCAAACAGAGUAACUCGGGAGAACAGUUUGACCCCGAAUCUAAAAGCAAAUGGGAUGAGGACUGGGACAAAAACAAGAGCAGCUUCCCAUUCAGUGAAAAACUUGGGGAGAUAAGUGACAAAAUUGGAAGCACCAUUGAUGACACCAUCAACAAAUUCCGCAAGAAGGAGAGGGAUGACUCGCCAGAUCGUAUCAGUGACAAUGAGGAGGACCGAGUUUCACAGAAUGGUCGUCCUGCAAAGUCGGAGUUUAAGGAUGACGAGGAGACCGUAACAACCAAGAACGUCCAGAUCACACAGACCACAGAUGCAAUCACAUCCACCACCACCUCUACACGCAAACGCGGCGGAGUCCCGUCCAAAACGGUCGACCUGGGCGCAGCCGCUCAUUACACUGGCAGCAAAAGCAGUCCAGAUGCUGACAACAACCAGACAUCAGUGAGUCAGUCAUCCAGCACAGGGCUUGCAGAUCUGUUGAUGGUGGGCUCUGGUCAACCAGUGUCUUCAGGUGGAAACUCAGAUCUGAUUGGUGACUUUGCCGACUUCUCUUCACCUGCUGCCUCUGUCAGUCUCCCGUCAGCUGCUGGUUCGCUGUCUACUGGUAACGGUGAGUUUGGUGACUGGAACGCCUUCUCCUCCACCAGUCCUCCUGCUGUCACUGCUCCGUCUGCCAUCCCAGAUCUGUUCAGUGACGUGUCCACAUCCACCCACCCGCCUUCCGCGGACCUCUUUGACCUGAUGACCCCCAACAACAGCAGCCUCAGCGCAUCCCAAAGCUUGACCUUCAACAUGUGCCCGCAGAACGCAACCACGCCUCUGUCCAGAUCACAGACAAUAGGCGGCCCGUUAUUGCCUCAGCAGAUGGGACUACAAAAGUCAGGUGGGAAGGUAUCAAUGCCUGCCACCUGGUCAGACCCAAGCGUGAACAUCAGCCUGGAUUUCCUGUCUGCAGGCCUGAACCCUUCCAAACCCACACAGCCCACACUCAACACCAUGAUGCAGCAAGGUGUCCAGCCACCAUUGAACACGGUCGCCCAGAAUUUCGCCGGAAUGACACUGAAUGGCCAGCCCUUGGCGGCCGCUCCCAGACCGGGAGUGAACCCCAUGAUGGCCGGGGGGACCAUGGGCAUGGGAAUGCCUCCUACUAUGGCGACGGGCACCAUGGGAAUGGGCUCUGUGGGUAUCGGAGGAAUGCCUAUCAAUCAAGGACUCGUGGGCAUGAAUAUGAUGCCCGCUGGAAUAGGCCUGCAAGGUGCCCUGGGCACGCCCAGCAUGGGGAUUGGCCAGGGCAUGAACCCCGCCAUGGUGCAACCUAAACAAGAUGCCUUUGCAAACUUUGGCAACUUUGGGAAAUGAAGGGUGUAUCACUCCAAGAGGGUUAACAGUCCAAAUACACCUCAAUAGAAGGAGCCUGCAUCCAGUAAAAUGGACAAAACUGACAAAACUAGCCCGUGUCAUGACUCUUCAAUCAUUUGUCCUUAUUCGUUAACAGAUACAGAGAGACACACACACACAAGAAUCUGCUUUUCUUUCAUGUGGGGUUGAUAAUCAAAGGGUGGAUUUUUUUGUAAAUGGUGCAAAGCAUAUUAUAUACUUCUAAAGAAAAAAGAUGACCAUGUGCAGUUUGGUACAUUUUUCUCUCACAACAGAAACAUCACUUUUUUUUCUUUUUUUUUUCAUCACGGCCCUGUUCACUUUUCAAAUACGACUGAUUUCAGAAAUUACCUCAUAAUUUGCAUUAUUCAUGCUGUGAUUUAAAGGCCUCAAAGGGUUGAAUUGUAAAUAUCUUGGUGUGCAAAAAAUAAAUGAUUUUACUCACUUCUCAGACGGUAUAAGAUGGAACAGUUUACCACAGGUCCUUAAUAUUUACUCAUGUUUUUGUUUUCGGUUUGAAUCGUUGCAAUUUGUCACUCCUUAUAUUCCGUUAUCACUCCAGCACCUGUUAUUUAGAUGAAUAUGGUCAACUUUUUUCUUCUUUUUAAAAAAAAAAAAACAGACUAUAUCUGUAGAUAUAGUUUGAGUACUUUUGUGUAGCAAGCUACCUGACCGUAAUUUGAAGUGUGCCUGCCUGUGAAAUGGCCACCUUUUUAAUAACACAAAUGUGUCUGAAGGUUAUUAACCAUACUUGAUGAAUCCAAAACUGUCUUAGAGAAGGAUGUGUUGCGUGAAAAGCGAAAGCCAUUACAUUCUUGAAUGAUAUGGAUGGGGAUAGUGCUACAUACGUUCAUCUAAUGUGAAGAUUUCUAGGGGUCUCUUCCCUUGAGUUUGUCAUCUGAAGCCGCACAAAUCAGUGCUUUGGCGGUAGCAGGAGUAGUGUUACACAUUUCUAGUUACUACUUGAAUUGGUAUUUAUAAUGCCUCAUAAUAACAGUCAUAUCCGUUAUGUCCUUUUAUUGCAUGUGUGUCGAUUUUACAGUUUCAAGCAUUGUCAGUGUUAAAUUUAUUAAAUGUUUGUCACAGGAUGGCUAUGGAAUCGAUGAAGGCAUUGUGAACCCCAAAUGAAGUUUACUUGUCACUUUUUUCUUUCUUUUAACAUUUGGUUUUGUCCAUUUUCUCACAUGCUGCUUUACAAGGGGCCCUCCAUCAGGCACUGAGGCAUUAUGUUCAAAAUGACCAAAUCUUUAUUUUAUUACUAUUUAGAUUUAUUCCAUAGUGGUUUAGUUUCUUAUUUUAAUACUUAACAUUAUACAGAGAGAUCCUGUGCAUAUAUAUACAUUGAUCUAGACAUGUGUGAAUCGAGUAAACACUUCUUAGUUUAUGCAAAUGUAAAGAGAAACAUGAAAUCG